AUGCAGCAGGACGGGAUCAGCAGCAUGAACCAGCUUGGGGGGCUCUUUGUGAAUGGCCGGCCCCUGCCUCUGGAUACCCGGCAGCAGAUUGUGCGGCUAGCAGUCAGUGGAAUGCGGCCCUGUGACAUCUCACGGAGCCUUAAGGUAUCUAACGGCUGUGUGAGCAAGAUCCUAGGGCGUUAUUACCGCACGGGUGUCUUGGAGCCCAAGGGCAUUGGGGGAAGCAAGCCACGGCUGGCUACACCCCCUGUGGUGGCUCGAAUUGCCCAGCUGAAGGGUGAGUGUCCAGCUCUCUUUGCCUGGGAAAUCCAACGCCAGCUUUGUGCUGAAGGGCUUUGCACCCAGGACAAGACUCCCAGUGUCUCCUCCAUCAACCGAGUCCUGCGGGCACUACAGGAGGACCAGGGACUACCGUGGACGCAGCUCAGGUCACCAGCUGUUUUGGCUCCAGCUCUCCUCACUCCCCACAGUGGCUCUGAGACUCCCCGGGGUCCCCACCCAGGGACUGGCCACCGGAAUCGGACUAUCUUCUCCCCAAGCCAAGCAGAGGCACUGGAGAAAGAGUUCCAGCGUGGACAGUAUCCUGACUCAGUGGCCCGUGGAAGGCUGGCUGCUGCCACCUCUCUGCCUGAGGACACUGUGAGGGUCUGGUUUUCCAACAGAAGAGCCAAAUGGCGCCGGCAAGAGAAGCUCAAGUGGGAAAUGCAACUGCCAGGUGCUUCCCAGGGGCUGACUGUACCAAGAGUUGCCCCAGGAAUCAUCUCUGCACAGCAGUCCCCUGGCAGCGUGCCCACAGCAGCCCUGCCUGCCCUGGAACCGCUGGGUCCUUCCUGCUAUCAGCUGUGCUGGGCAACAGCACCAGACAGGUGUCUGAGUGACACCCCACCUAAAGCCUGUCUCAAGCCCUGCUGGGACUGUGGCUCCUUCCUUCUUCCUGUGAUUGCUCCCUCCUGUGUGGACCUUGCCUGGCCCUGCCUCGAUGCCUCUCCGGCACAUUACCUGAUUGGAGGGGCUGGUGAAGCAACACCCACCCACUUCUCACACUGGCCUUAAGAGGCCUCCACUCAGCAGUAAUAAAAGCAGUUUUU